GAGAAUUCAAUGCAUUCACUGCGAAGUAGAGUGAGCGUUUUUCCUACAUUUUCGAGCUGAAAAUAAUCAUUUUUUUAUAAAGUUCAUUAUUGCCAGCACAGAAGGGUAUAUUAAUUGAACGUACACAUCCAUCAAAUAUGUCGGUGCUCAAGGAUGUUGAAUUACCCCAAACAAUACCAAAAUUAUUACUGGAUAAACACAGUGACUACAUAGUAUCUUAUGGGACGAACAAAGAUGAUUACAUUUAUUUCAUGACAGAACAUCUUCGGGUUUCUGGUAUCUUCUGGAGUUUGACAGCUCUAGAUGUGAUGGGUGAAUUGGAUCGUAUGAGCAAAGACGAAGUUCUCGAAUUUAUAGCAAAGUGUCAAAAUCCAUGUGGUGGAAUAAGCCCUAGUAUCAAUCAUGAUCCCCACUUGUUAUAUACACUCAGUGCAGUUCAAGUACUUUGCAUUUAUAAUGCUCUUCAUGUCAUUGAUGUUGAAAAAGUUGUUGACUGGAUUCGGGAGAGGCAACAACCUGAUGGAAGUUUCACAGGCGAUAUUUGGGGAGAAGUCGAUACUAGAUUUUCUUUCUGUGCCAUUGCUACGCUUUCGCUUCUAAGUCGCCUGGAUGCCAUAGACGUUGAGAAAGCUGUUGAAUUUGUAAUCAGUUGCAUGAAUUUUGAUGGAGGAUUUGGUUCAAAGCCAGGAUCUGAAAGUCAUGCAGGAUUAAUAUAUUGCUGCCUCGGACUUCUUUCAAUCACUGGACGAUUACAUUUAGUCGAUGCCGAUAGACUUGGUUGGUGGUUGUGUGAGAGACAACUGCCAUCAGGUGGUUUAAAUGGAAGGCCCGAGAAGUUGCCUGAUGUGUGUUAUUCCUGGUGGGUUUUAUCAUCGUUGACGAUUCUCGGUCGACUCCAUUGGAUAAACAAGGAACGUUUGGUUAAAUUCAUAUUAGCGUGUCAGGAUGCAGAGGCUGGUGGUUUCAGCGAUCGACCGGGUGACAUGGUCGAUCCAUUUCACACUCUCUUCGGACUCGGUGCUAUUUCCUUACUUGAGGCUAAUUCAGUACUAAAACCGAUAAAUCCUACAUACUGCAUGCCCGAAUAUGUCAUAAAACGUUUGGGCCUGAAACCUAUGCGGCUCGACCGAUGAUCCGCUCACGUCAAUUAUAAUGUUCUUUCUCAAAAACCCGAAAUACUAAAAUUUUAUAUCUAAGAAACAUUAAAGGAUGAAUCUUUAAAAUAUUCUUACGUGAAAAAUUUGAGUAAUAUUGUUCGAAAUUUAUCAUUUGUCUCGUUAACCAUUUGAUGAAACACUGAAAAUGAUUCAACGAGUGGAAUCAUAAUAUAUUCAAGAAUUUAAUUUAUAAUAAAAAUUGAAGUAAGCUUUGUCAAGAAAAAUUGUAGUCAAAGCUUUUUUUUAGCUGGUAUCAGAAAAUGGAAUAUAUUAAUUAGUGUCAA